AUGACCUUCAAGACGGGAAACUGCAGAUACAACCGGCAGAUAUUCUCUAAUUUCACGAUGCAGAUAAUUAACACCAAACUGUUAAUGGAUAUGGUGCUUGUUUCGACCCUUUCGCAGGGACUAAAGGCGCACUUGGGCUUCGAGUUCCGCCUAACCAAGGGCAAGCCCUACCAGAGUAUAUUCCAGCACGAUAUAAACUACUGUUCCCUAAUCAGAGGGGCCCAAGAGUCGAUCUAUAGGCGGUGGUUCACGUCCAUGCUCAAGGUGGGCAACUUUGCCACGAGCUGUCCCAUCGGGAAGGGCUACUACUAUCUACACGGCUGGACGUUGGACGCCAGCUACGUCCCCUCUUUCUUUUAUCUAGGCGACUACCGCAUCUCCGGCAGAUUUUUCUACGGCCGCUUCAAAAAGAAAGAAGAUAAUCCCCUGCUGGAGUGCUCUGUUGAAGCCGUGCUAAACUAAAGUU